AUGAGAGCCAGCCUCCUCCCACUGCUGCUGGUGCGCGCCGCCGCCGAGCCGCCCGCGACGCUGACGUACCGAUCCGGGUCGACGCCGAAGAAGAUCCGUGGCGCGGCGACGCCGCGGUGGCACCAUGAAUACGGCGCGCCCGCGCGAACCUACGGCGCGGACGCGUUCGCUUGGGCCCGGAAUACUACUUGGAUGGACUACGGGCCAGGUAGUACUUGGCGACACUACCUGGCACGCGUCUACGGGAGCAGCACGGCAGAUUUGAACAUAGAGGACGUCGACGUCUUGCUUCCCGAUAAAGGCGCGCCGCGCCCGGCGCCACUGCCAGAAGGCAAAAGCUACGCCGCCUGUCCCAAGUCUGAUGACGAGCCUUUUGCGCGCCUGAACUGGCACGCCCCCUUGGAUUUGGGUUAUAUGAGACGCUUCACGGCCGCCGAUUUACCGAUGGGCCCCCACGCCAACAACACAUGGGCCGAGGUCUCGCACUGCGGGCACUCGGCCUUCGAAAGCAAGGGCGCCUACUUCUAUGGGCUCAAGGGGAGUGGUUUGUGGAUCCAUAUCGGUAAAAGCAUAGCCUUCGAGACGCACGAGGACGCUGCUCUGUACUUUCUGAAAAGGCCCUGUAGCAACGGCAACGCCAAGGACGAGGAGCUAGGCAUCGUCCAGUGCGACGCGGAACUGGGCGAGAUUGUGGUAGAAGCGAAGACGCAGGGCUGGGACUCCAUACAGUUCACGCGCCACUGCGACGCGUUCUGUUCUGGUAGAGGCGCCGCGCUGCGCGGCGAUAAGCGGAGCCAAUUGUGUAUAGCGGAGAUCGUGUUACUGGGAGUGGACGGUUCGGAAGCGUGCCCUCGGGGCGUCGAGUUUAGGCAGGGCGCCGACGCGUCGCAACCGUGCGUGUGUGAAGCGGGGCCUCUGAAAUCGCAGCGCGGACCUUGUGCGUCAUGUGCGCCGCCGCCGAAGAAACUUAGUGUGGACGUCUACCUCACCGGUGCGUUACGGGUACGCGAUCGUAAACAUUAUGAGGAAAUACGAACGAGUCUCAAAGGCGCGGGCGUCGCCAUCGUAACCACAGAACCAUACUGGGCGCUCGCCGAACUACUCGCAAAUCAAACGGGAGGGAAGGCCUGCGUCGUGGACCCGCUGGACGUGCCCCGUUCUUCCGGCUGGAUGAAUCAAUAUAGACAACUAGAUGUGGCUCUGAGAAACUUCCACUCAAAGGCUGACACCAUAAUCCAAGCGCGGACGGACGUGCAGGUCUGGCGGCGGGCGCUCGUCGUCCCUUAUGCGAAUCUCGUCGCCAAUGACAACGCCGUGCACGCGGCGUCGAACCUAGUAGUGCACGCGCGUGCACCCGUAUUCAGAGAAACCUUCAAGGACCUCUGGAGAGACGUCAAUGGGUUCUACAGUAAACCGCCUCCGCAAGAAUCUAGGAAAGGUAGGUCGUGCCCCGACGACUACUACGGCCUGCACAAUGAGGGCAAGGUCCGGUCGCAGAACCUGUACAAGCGCUACGCGCAGAAGACGGGCUGCGUCUGCGUCCGCCACGGCAUCUACUGGGGCAAGGGCAAGCACCGCAACGGCACGAACUGGAAGGCCUUCGCGCCCGAGGCCGAGCACAUCUUCUCGUACCACGUCCAGUUGCGGAAGAAAAAGGCAUGCGCGCCGUUGUGUUUGCGACCGAUCGCGAAGGACGGGACGUGUCCUCCCGUUGAUCGGGUCGAGGCGCGCUUCGAGGGUGGGGCGGACCGCAAAGAAAGGCGGGCGUACGCUUUUCAUGAGACGCUGGCGGCGACGUCGCCGCCGAGGCGCUGUAAGGUGGGCGACGCGCCGCGGCGUCUCCGGGCGUACGACCACUGGGAGCUCGACAAGGGCGAAGCUAUGAUGAGACUCGGGGGUCUCGCAGCGACGCUCGCGGGCCGCAACAAGCCGCCAUCCGAGUGGACGGUCCAACGCGGCGACGUCGAGGACUUGCGGUGGCUCGCGAACGGCACGGCGAAGGAGGUCUGGGCCGGCCGGGCUCCAGACGGCCGGAAAGUUAUUCUGAAGCGGCUCGUGCGCCAGCAUCGCGACGGGAGGGCGACGUCCCCUAGGUCGGACGAGGUGCACCGCGGCGAGCUCCUGGGAGAGCUAUAUUUUCUCGAGUGGCUGCGAGGCGCCCCAGGCGUUCCUACGUUGCUGGGGGCGUGGACGGAGGCUGGAGGACCAGUGUACGUCGUAAGCGAUGGCGGCGAGUCGUAUGCAACAAAGUUCCCACGGGAUGGCAGGUCCGGAUGGCUGGUCCGGACCGAGCCGAUAGACGGUCCGACUGCUUUUGCACUAGCCGCGUCAUUACUCGACUGCUUCCGGAGCUUCGCAGAAAUCGGCGGCUAUUUUCUGGAUGACCUCAGUCCGCACCAAUUCGCCGUCCGGGAUGAUACAAUCUCGCUGAUUGACGGACCUCGGCUUCUUUCGAACGCUCCCGUGGCCUCUUACCUCCUCGCCGAGCGUGUCGCGCACUCUAUGACCGGCUUCGACGACAGGGCCUGCGCCGACGACAAGGCCUGCCCGGCGACGCGCCACCACCACUCCUGCGUCGGCGGAAACACGCGGUUUGCUAACUUCGCUGGGUCGGCGGCCGUGCCGGUCGCGUGUCGCGACGGAUCAAUCGCCGCGCCAGAGGCGCGUGGAUGGUGUCAUAACGGAAGCUGCCUGCCGCUUACGUCGAAGGCCCACGUCUACGACGUGGGGUCGCGGCCCUGGGCCCUGCCCCGCCUCGCGAAUGCGACGACGUCGAACCGAGCGCGCAAAUUCUUGGGAAAUCUUAUCGAACGCAUGACGGCCGCGGACCCGGACGCGCGCCCCACUCUCACCGAGGCGCUCGACCUCCUCGCGGCGAAGCGGCCGCAUAUUACGUAA